UUACUCGAGAAAAUAUCUUACAGCUUCAAUUUUACAAAAAGACCCUGUCUUCUUCGACGCUCACUCUUUGCAACACGCUACCGUUUUCCGUUCCGGCCAACGACUCUACUCUCCGGCGAACCUUCUCUUUUCAGAACCGCCACAACCUACGGAGGAGAAAAAUAGCCACUAAAAUACACAUCUUCCAUUCAUCGAAUCAUCGCAAUCCACACUUUCCUGGUUUCUCUGAUUAUAUUCACACUUUCAUGGCAUUUCGAUUUUUGGGUUUCAAAUUUCUGCUAAACUUCUCAAAACCCAAUCACCAUCUUCCUUCCAUAUCAUCACUCAUACCAUUAAACCAAUCUAUCUCAUCAUCGCUACACCCUCCCUCAAAUUCUUCACACCUCAACGAAAACCUCAUUCUCCGCCAAAUCUCUGAAAUUUUACCACUACCCACUUCCAAAACCACAAAACCUGAACCAGAAUCAAAAUCCGUUGAUGGGUUUUUGUCCCCUGAAGAUAAACUACGAGGUAUCUUUCUUCAAAAGCUAAAGGGUAAGGCUGCAAUUGAACAAGCUUUAUCUAGUGUAUGUAUUGAUGUAAAUGUUGAUGUUAUUGGUAAGGUAUUGAAUUAUGGGAAUUUGGGUGGUGAAGCUAUGGUUAUGUUUUUUAAUUGGGCACUCAAACAACCAAUGGUGGAUAAUGAUGUUGGUACUUAUCAUGUCAUUGUUAAGGCAUUAGGAAGAAGGAAAUUUUUCAUUUUUAUGAUGCAAGUUUUAAAUGAGAUGAAGUUGAAUGGUAUAAAAGCUGAUUUGUUCAUGUUAUCGAUUGUUAUUGAUAGUUUUGUAAAUGCUGGUCAUGUGUCUAAAGCAAUUCAGGUGUUUGGGAAUUUGGAUGAUUUUGGCCUUAAUCGUAAUACCGAGGCUUUGAAUGUGCUUUUGUCGUGUCUUUGUCGACGCGCACAUGUUGGUGCUGCAGCUUCUGUUUUUAAUUCAAUGAAAGGGAAGGUGACUUUUAAUGUUGCCACGUAUAAUGUUGUUGUUAGUGGUUGGUCUAAGUUGGGUAAGGUGGAUGAGAUUGAGAGGGUUAUGAAGGAAAUGGAAGUUGAGGGGUUUGCCCCUGAUUUUGAUACGUUUGCUUUCUUUCUUGAGGGUUUGGGUAGAGCAGGUAGAAUCGACGAGGCUGUUGAGGUUUUCGGUAGUUUGAAAGAGAAAGACACCGCUACCUAUAAUGCAAUGAUUUUCAAUUUUAUUUCAAUUGGAGAUCUUGAAGGGUGCAUGAAGUAUUAUAAUGGGAUGUUGAGUGAUAAUUGUGAACCUAACAUUGAUACAUAUACUAGAAUGAUCACUGCUUUUCUCAGAACCAGGAAAGUGGCCGAUGCACUUUUGAUUUUCGAUGAGAUGUUAAGGAAAGGAGUUGUGCCUCCUACUGGGACUAUAACCUCUUUCAUCAAACAGUUGUGCAGCUAUGGUCCACCAUAUGCUGCUAUGAUGAUUUACAAGAAGACAAGAAAAUUAGAGUGUAAGAUAUCAAUAGAAGCUUAUAAGAUAUUGCUAAUGCGUCUUUCAAAGUUUGGAAAAUGUGGAACAUUGUUAAGUGUCUGGCAGGAUAUGCAAGAAUGUGGGUAUAGUUCGGAUAUUGAAGUUUAUGAGUACAUCAUCAGUGGCCUUUACAACAUAGGACAGCUUGAAAAUGCUGUUCUUGUUAUGGAGGAGGCUUUACGCAAAGGGUUCUGCCCUAGCAGGCUUGUAUACAGUAAACUAAGUAACAAGCUACUUGCUUCAAACCUAACAGAGAGGGCCUACAGGCUGUUUUUGAAGAUUAAACAUGCCCGUUCACUUAAAAAUGCGAGAAGUUAUUGGCGAGAUAACGGCUGGCACUUUUGAACAGGCAUCCUAAUUGGUAGUUCUUGAAGUAGAUCCUCCUGUUUGCUUUUCACAUAUCCGGUCUUUGGCUACUUCCUCACAACUCCUGUGUUUCUUUUGCUAUCGUUUGUCACUUUUGGGCUAGUUAUUACCUUUCUAGGUCUAGCAUACUUGUUUUUGAAACACAUAGGUGGGUUAUAAGUAAUAGGAGUGUCGUCUGUUAUAGACUUAUAGGAAUAACACUAAUUGUACGCUGCACCCUUGGGGUAACUUGAGUGCAAGGUUAUCAUCUUGUUCAUUCGUAUUAUUUCCAUUCAGUGAUAAUACCAGAAAGCUAUUAAAGGAAUUAUUCAUUUGUUUUAUCGAUUCUGUCCAGUUUUGGGAAAUUGGUUAUGAUGAGAUCGACAAAGAAGAGUGGGUCACAAUGGAAUCAAUGCUCGAUGGCAGACUCAGUAACCUAAAGUAUGCUAGAAAUAGCGGAAACAGACAUCAUUCAAGGAUGCAUUGCUUCAGAAACUUCUAAACAGUAACUUCUUAUCAGAUCAAUAGAGAUGUAUACUAAUUAUGAUGAUUUUCCCACCUUCCAUAAUUUGACUCAUCUGGUGGUGAUCAAUAAUAUUUCGGAGUUGGUAGUACAAGUGCUCCACCACUGUCCUAAACUUCAAAAUCUUGACCUUUAUCAGAAGACACAAAGUGAGUCAGAUAACGGAGAACAGGGAAGUUGGGUGGUCCCAAAAUCCGCUCCAGAAUGCCUUUCAUCAUAUCUUCGAACAUGCACUAUUCGAGACUUUGCACUUCAAGACCUACAUCAUGACAUUAUGUUAGCAAGAUAUAUUCUAAAUAAUGCUGGACUUUUAAAAACCAUGACAAUAUGGAGUCACAAGGAACAACAUGAGAAGAUAGAAAUCGAAUUAUCUUCCUGUCCAAAGGCCUCUGCAACAUGUCGACUUUCAGUUUAUGAAAUUCCCUAACUAGCCUGCUUUAAAAUUUGACGCAUAUAUCUUGAUAUAGUCAAUAUUUUAAACAAUUGUUUUUUACAAAACAUUCAUAAGUGGUGAAGAUUCAUAACUUAGUUUAGUUACCGAGUAAACUGAGAAAAAAGAGAAUACAACUUGUGAAGGUGGUCCACCGUAGCAUUAGCCAAAUUUAUAAUAUAAGCCAAAAACAUAUUUUAGCCCACAUCCAACAAAGACUUUCUUCAGUAGUAGGAAAUAACUUCCACUUCAUUGAUCACCACCUUGCUUCUUUAUUUUGCUUUCAUGAUGUCUCCAAAAAAUCACAUGCACGAUCAAAAGAUUAAACAAAAUAACAACAAGAGCCCCAAGAGACACAAACAAGAUACCAUUCAUUCUAAAUGAUUUGAAGAGGACAAUAUAUCUUGAUGCUUCAACCAUCCACUUACUAUCUCCAAAUAGAUGAAUAAUACAUAAUAUUAUGAUAAAUGGCACACGAAAGGGUGAAGAUACAAUAUAUAGCAUUGUGAAGACUAAUGCAUAAACAAAGGUCAUUAUGAACAAUGCUACUUGGAAAAUUGCAGGUGAGAGCAGAAAAGAGGCCCUCCAUAAGCUUAGUAUUUCUGUCUCUUUUUUAAUAUUAUUAUUAUUAUUAGCCCUGUUCAUAAUAAUAAGCACCAAUGCUACUUGGAAAAUUGAACAAAAUACCACAAUCCAAUAAUAUUCAUCCUUGGAAGCACUUUUCGCCACAUUUGUGUCACAUUCCUGGUUUGCCUAUACAUUUGGAGAAAUGUCAUACUAUUGUAUUGUAUAUAUUUGUAGACAUUAAAAAAAAAAUGGAAAAGGUAUACCAAGAUGGAAUAAAUCAUUUACUUUUUAUUAUUUUAAUACUUUAAAAAAAA